AUGGCUAGAACUAGAGAGACUGCUAGGAAGACAACCGCUUGUAGGAGUGUUCUAAACCAUAGGGCAACAGUUAUACAAGCCUACGAGAAUUAUGAGAUAGACCCGACUCACACACUUAUUGAGCAUGUGGAAGAAGUCUUCGCUAGGUGGGUUGCGGCAAGAGGGGUAGGACACAAGAUUACACCCCUUCAAGCUAUUAACAAUCUUAUCCAUACCCUGCCACCUCAAUGGGGAGACAUGGGCAUUGUGGUUAGGGAUGAAAUGCUAGAGGGUAACCCUCCAGAGCACCCAGAAAGGAUCGAGUUUGAGCUGUAUUGUGAAACAUUUCUAGAUAGGUGGAUUUCUACUCUCGAGCCUGAGCCCGAGCCCGAAGAGGACCUAGAAGAAAACCCAGAGGAGGAGCCGAGUUAUGAAUCUAAUUCAGAUAACGAGCCAGAGUAUGUACCAGGACAAAAGCCAGAACUAGAACCAGAGCAGGAGCUAGGGUUCGAACUAGACCCCGAGCUAGAGGUUGACCAAGAAUCCGAGCCUGAGUCAUGUACAUCUUUGGAUGAUGAAGCCCCUCCAUCUAAGCUUCGUAGGAUUCAGAAUGUUUGGACAAUCGAAGAUGAAGACUAG